AUGGGUAUCGAUUUGGACCGCCACCAUGUCCGGGGUUCCCACCGCAAGGCACCCAAGAGUGAUAAUGUCUACCUCCUGCUUCUCGUGAAGCUGUAUCGCUUCCUUGCCCGCCGUACCGACUCCAGCUUCAACAAGGUUGUCCUACGACGUCUUUUCAUGUCCCGUAUUAACCGCCCCCCGGUAUCUCUUUCCCGAAUUGUGAGCGCCAUUGGGACCAAGGAAACAGCAGAAGCGAACAAGGGAAAGACCAUCGUUAUUGUUGGUACUGUCACCGAUGACAACCGGCUCCUCAACGUCCCAAAGAUUUCCGUUGCUGCUCUUCGGUUCACUUCCACCGCCAGAGCUAGAAUUGAGAAGGCCGGCGGUGAAACCUUGACUCUGGACCAGCUGGCCCUCAGAUCCCCAACUGGUGCCAACACAUUACUGCUGCGGGGUCCCAAGAACGCGAGGGAGGCUGUAAAACACUUUGGCUUCGGCCCACACAGUGGAAAGAAACCAUAUGUCCAGAGCAAAGGUCGGAAAUUCGAGCGGGCUCGUGGUCGGAGACGGUCCCGUGGCUUCAAGGUUUAG